AUGCCUGACGCGAUGACGGCCUGUAGCUCCGUCAACAAGGCCAAUGACCUACCAUUGACCAUGGGUGAGUUCUUGGGCGCCGCAAACUUCAUUUGCAUCUUCGUCCUGGCCGUUGUUUUGUUGGUGAAUCCUGGGCCAACCGAAGUUGAUGGCCUGCCCUUCCUUCGCGACUCGAUAGUAUGCCUGCUGGUGGUGGUAUUCAUGGUGGCCGUUACCUGGGACAACAAGAUCACCUUGAGUGAGAGUAUGUCUUUCUUUGCGGUUUAUGCCUGCUACAUAGCCUUAGUCCUCCUACCUGGGCGUCUCUGCUUCCAGGUGGAGAUGGUUCGCGCGGACGAGGAGCCAACCAGCCCUUCGGACGGCAACUUCCUGCCGCUGGCCUCGGAAUCGGAAGCCGAGGACCUAGAGGAUUCCAAGCUGGUGGGUCCAGGCCUGCUGGCCUACAAUCGACCCUCAACUCUACGCCUGGUGCUUGCCACCCUGGAGCUGCCUUUCACCUUAGCCAGAAGCCUUUGCAUUCCCUCCGCCACGUGGAGCCGCAAGGAGCGGCUUCUCUCCGCCGCCUGUCCUGCCUGUGGGGUGAUCUUCAUGUUCCUGUCCUACGGAGGCUGGGAGGCAUUUGAAGCCUCAGAUGAAGUGCACUGGGCUAAAUUGGAAACUCCUUCUGAAGUUUUGAAUGUGCCCGGUUGGGCUCUGGCCUUGGUAGUUGGCCUCCUGGCCAGCACAGCCGUGCUGUGCCUAUCGAGUGCUCGAGAGCCGCCGGCCUGGCAUCUCCUCCUCCUGCUUUGGGCUGUGGUUACGGCCGUCAGCUGGUUCAACCUGUUGGCCAACGAGUGCGUGGCUGUGUUGGAGGCUUUUGGCCUGAACCUUGGCAUUUCCUCCUCUGUCCUGGGGAUCACGGUCCUGGCGUGGGGCAACUCCGUGGGCGACCUCGUUGCAGACCGGGCUCUCGCCAAGCAAAACAGGUCGAAGAUGGCGGUGGCCGGGGUGUAUGGCUCACCCAUUCUUAGCGAUCUACUUGGCUUGGGAGUGGCCUUGACCUCACACGUCUCGCAGCACGGUGCCCUCGAGUCGCAGCUGAGCAAGCAGCAGCUUGCCGGUGCAGAUGUUUCUGUGUUUGCCAAACACCUGUGA